AUGGGCCUUGAUUCUUUGGAGGGCGAUGGCAUUUCUGAUACUCUUCUACACUGGCUUCACGCGAAAGAUGAACUGGGCUACGGCCCCUCGCUUUGGUUGCCGGACACGGUAGUUUACAAGUUCGGCCAGCCAGUCCACUGGUAUUUCACCAGCACAGUCGAUAGUAAGUUAAAGAAGAAGAAUAAGCAAAACUUAGUCAACGUGCGUAUCGAAGAAGCGUUCAACAAACGUAGCGCUGGUUGCGACCUUGUCGCAUAUUACAUAAGCGAGGUAGCCUUGGAAGGGAGCGCUGAGUCAGACACAACAAUUGAAUACUUCGAUCGCAGGGGGUUACAUGAAUUUCUUUACAACAGAUGGAAGGAGAAUAACGGUAUUCUGCAACGCUUCGUCGAGCCGAAAGGCAUGCACAAUGCCAUCAUUAGAGCCAUUUGGUCACCGAAGGUCUGUCUGUUAGAACGACGAGUAAAUUCAAAACAGCUUCAUGAUCAAAGAUACGGUCUUUAUGAGCGGGCGGUAACUUACGAGGGUCCAGAACAUUUUAGCGCCGCGGCUCCGUUGCGAGGCAGUACUCUACCCAGCCAAGUCCAACGGAUUUGUGAGAACUUGGUGGCUCACAUAACUGAGGUCUCGUUCCAAAAGCACUGUAUCAUGCGCAUGGUUGCAAAUUUCAAAGUUGAUUCGAAAGGACGCAUAUGGUUUCUGUGGAGUAGUUCCAUACGGUUAGCCGGUGGUCGUAGUCAGCCCAGGAGUAUAACCAUAGACCCUUUCGUGGAACCUAAUGCAAUCAGUAUAAACUCCAUCGUACAGCUACCUCCGCACAUCAAACUGGUCGACAAGGCCAACCAUUCAGAUGACGAGGCGCAAGCGUUGUUGUGUAUGCAUUGCAUAAGCUGUGGUAGAUCCGCAACUUCCGAUCAAUUUCAUCCCAUACAAUACAAAACAAUCGUGGCACACUUUGAACAGCUUGUGGCUAUGUUACAGACUGACGGUCACGGAUCGGUAAAAUGGCCCCCGAAUCCCACGAUCAUAGCCGCGGCGGGUGGGGUUGGGUUUGGCAACCUAGAAGCACUGGCUGACCGAAACAGAAAUGAAAUGAGGGGCGCUGACGCGACGAUGCCGCCAAUAAUCAGACAGAUCCACCCUAAACUCUCCCUCGACGCGUACAGGAAGUACCGCCGAGAUCCGCUCUUCAUGUACAAAACGGUGGUUGUGUGCGAAGACUGUUUUUUGGUUUAUGCGGAACUUUCAAGCUCACCAAAUGCAUCAGUUGUCACCAGGCAGUGCACCGGCAAACAGAGCCCAUUUGUGACCUCCGACAAUUGCUUUCCGUGGCGUCAAGCGGAAAUGGUAUCGCAUAAACUACCACGGCAGCUUCGCAUGCAAAGCACCCAAAGCAAGUCUGUUUGGAUGCCCAAUGAAGCACCGUCUAUUCCAGCUCCGAUAUACAACUCUGCGAAGCUGGCUCUACCCCCCCAACAGGCUGAGGAUGAAAGCGUUGGACGAAUUCUCUCAAUCGAAGAUAUGGUCAAGCAACGAGAGGAUUUAUUUUUCCAAGAAGCAAGAAGCUCACAGACUGUUAACCUGCAGAAAGGACACCCUCUCACACAUCUAAUUACUUCCUUCCAGUCAAUAAAGCAACACUCCACGGAGCACCCGCUGGUUAAAAAUACCUCCGUGAGAAAGGGGCCGUACAACAAGAGGCCAGUUUUGGUGGAAUCCAAGAAGAAGAAAAUGCUUCUGAAAGCCAACGAGACAGACGGUGGGCCCAAGUCCCGCUUGACCGUUUCCAAAGAUUCCAAGCUGCACCGAGAAUUCCUUAUGUCAACGUGGUCUAAACUCACUAACUCGGUUACCGGCAACCUACUGCGACCGUAUGGAAGACGAGGUCUUUCUAAUUUCUUUCUUUCUUUCUUUCUUGCUUGCUUUCUUUCCUUCUCCUUCAUUCAUAAAUUCCCUUCCUCCUUUUCAUUCUCGCCUGCUUUCCCUUCCUUCUUUCGUUUCGCUCACUCCCGCUUUCCUUCCUUUCCUUCUUUCCUUCCUUGCUUCCUUGCUUCGUGGCCCUCUUUCAGUCCGCUUAUCCUCCUCUUUCAGUCAGAAGCAGCAAAAAAUGCGAAGACGCCUGAUGAGCUUCAGGCACUAAUCAACAGCAGACUGAAGAGCAGUAUGGCUGGCCGUGCAUCAGUACUCACGCAACCCGCCUCAAACUCAGCCCCUAGCAAAUCCAUGGUCACAUCUCCCUCGGUAAAGGCGGAAGCAGCGGCUGUUGUCGCCACUGCACAACGAGAGCGCAACGAACGAAUCGCAGCACAGAAAGCGGUAAAAACAGCAUCGCCUGAAGAGAUCCAGGCCAUGAUCAACGCGAGGCUCUCUUCGCGCUAG